GAUGUCAAGAGAUUAUUAAGCAAUUACAUCUGUUCAUCAUAGUAAACAAAGAUCGUCUUUGUCUUUCAUCAUUCUCUCAUAUUUCAGUCAAUUGCAAGCUGUUGAUCGCAUCAGAAUGAGUGUAGAAAGUAAUACUUUAGCAUUAUUCCCAUGGAUUACAUCAAGUUUCGUUCAACAUUUGAUUGCACGAUCGGAACAACGAAAAGAUGCAACUGUAAAGUUAUUCAGUGCAAAAAAGUGCUUCGAGUCAGAAGAGAAUUUUUCCAGUUACAUGGUUGGCUUGGAAGUUAUCUUUGAGAAUGGAUACGAUGUUGGCGCAAAAAAACGUGAUUUUCUUAUGAAAAUUGCACUUCCAACCGAAGACUUCUCCAGAAUAUGUGACGAAUGCCUCAUUUACGAAAAGGAAAUUGAAACAUACACCAAAGUAUUGCCGGCCAUAGAAAAUGCUCUUGGAUUAGUUGGAGUGUCUGGUGAUAUUGCUCCGAGAUGUUUUUUGGCUGAUACAGAAAAACGAAUGCUUGUAUUUGAGGACUUGAGAUUUCAGGAUUUCAAGAGCGUCGAUCGCACAUAUGGAUUGGAUAUGGAACAUAUGAAAUUGGCGCUCCUGAAUUUGGCCAAAUGGCACGCCGGAACAGCUACAUUGCUUUUGACGAACAUCGAACUGUUUGAAUGGUACAAAAAGAAAAUUAUAUACAAAAAUGGCAUCAGUAUGGAGGGAUUCAUUAAAGGAAUUGCCAAGAGUCUAUCAAGUACCGUGAAAAAAUGGCCAAGCUAUGAGAGAAUUGCGGAAAAGCUGGGCAAUAUACCACAAGAAACGUAUGACAAUAUAUGCAAGUGGAGUGGUUAAUGGGAUCGAGAUUGUCAAAUCGGCCACGGGAAUUGCAGUUGGUGUAACGAGUUAUGUAGCUGGGAAGGUUGGCAGUGCAACUGUGGCUCUCGGUAAGUUUCUUGCUCCACACGUGCAUGCUCAAGGUUCAAAGCUGUUGUCCAAAUCCAUGGGCUAUAGCACUGAUGACGCCAAAGAUAAGAGGAGUGGUGUUCUGACCGUUGCUGCUGGUGCUGUUGAAGGCUUCGGAACGGUUUACAAUGGCCCUGAGAAAUCGGCUGGAAUUUUGGGAAAAAAUCUGAGCGAAAACUCAGUCAAAAUCGUUGAACAUAAGUAUGGUCCACAAGCCGGAAAUCUCGCACAGGGCACAUUUGACACCGUGGGAAAUAUGAUUAACUUGUCACAGAACAUGAGUUUGAUCACACCAAAAGGAUUGGCCAAGAAAACGGUGAAGGGAACCGGCAAAGCUAUUAUCGCCGAUUUUAAACCACAGAUUCCAAAAACCUACUAUGCUCCGGCUGGUUCUUUGUAUCCGGAUCUGACGGAAUUUUCUAAGAAAUUGGCUCAGUCCAAUUGAACAUAUCAAAUUGGAAUUAUGCAUUUUUUUAAAUUAGAAUUUUUGUGCUCGGAUAGAUGGCGCUGCGACAUAACUGGCCUGCAAACAAAGUGAUCCGAAAAUGUUUAGUGUGAAUAUCAGCAACCAACUUCAUGUGUAAUCAUUGUCAUUGUGCAUAGCUGUCGGUCAUUUUGAGCACAAAUUAACAAAACCUCAUUUUGUGUACGCAUCAAUCCAUAGAAAAAUUAAUCAAAUUGGAAUUUGUUUGACCGAAAAAUCAAAAGGCGAAUAUUAUUAAGUGAUUGAAUUGAAUUAAAAUUGUUGGAAAAGUAGAACAGACCCGAUUCGCUGUGAAAAUGGAUUCGUCGGAGAAUACACACAAGGAUCAAAUUGCAAAUCAAGUCGACGAAUCGUCCGUGCCUGACCUAUCGAAAUUCUGUGUAUCGACGCUGAACGACUAUUUGGAUGGAUUGUCCACAGAAUAUCGAGUUGGAACCGAGCGUAAAUUGUGUUUGGAAUUGUUCAGCAAAUGGAACGAUUCGGAACAAGUGUUCAUCGUUGAACAGCUUCUGGACAGAAUGAACUAUAAUCAGCUGGACCAAAUCAAUGAUCGCCUGGAUUUGCUGCUCAAGAGAGACUUCAUUACCCUGUUGGCAAAAAAUGGCAUGCAUCACAUCGCCGAAGCCAUUCUCUUCUAUUUGGACGCGGAUUCGCUAGCAGCCAUCGAAUUGGUCUGCAAAGAAUGGUUGCGUGUGAUUUCGGAGAGUGUGCUAUGGAAACGGUUGUACGAACGAAAAGCAAAGACCAAUUCACUAUGGCUCGGCUUGUUCAAACGCCGAAAAUUGAUUCAACAUUUGUUCAAGCCACAGACCGGUACAGUACAGCAACCGUAUCGAUUCUAUCGAACAUUGUAUCCGAGAAUCAUGAGCGACAUUGAACAGUUAGAGCACAAUUGGCGUCAUGGUCGUUACACACUGCAGCGAAUCAAUUGCAAUUCGAAUCAUUCGAGAGGUGUUUAUUGUUUGCAAUAUGACGACCAAAAAAUUGUGUCUGGCCUUCGGGAUAAUACGAUCAAAAUUUGGAAUCUCGCCGAUUUACAGUGUGUGAAAACGCUGACCGGCCAUACAGGUUCGGUGCUUUGUCUGCAAUAUGACGAGAAGGUUAUCAUCACUGGGUCCAGUGACUCGACGAUCCGAAUUUGGGAUAUUGACAGCGGAGAAAUACUCAACACAUACAUUCAUCACGAGGAAGCCGUGCUACAUCUUCGCUUCGACAAUGGCAUGAUGGUCACUUGCUCAAAGGAUCAAUCGAUAGCGGUUUGGGAUAUGUCCAUCACAAAGGAGCUCUCAUUGCGCCGGAUGCUGAUGGGCCAUCGAGCAGCGGUGAAUGUCGUCGACUUCGAUGACAAAUACAUUGUGUCAGCAUCGGGUGAUCGAACAAUCAAAGUGUGGAAUACAACAGACUGUAAAUGUGUUCGUACAUUGCGUGGUCAUGAGCGUGGCAUCGCCUGUCUACAAUAUCGUGAUCGCUUGGUUGUUAGUGGCAGCUCAGAUAGAACGAUUCGCCUUUGGAAUGUUGAAUCAGUUGAAUGUAUUCGUGUUCUUGAGGGGCACACCGAGUUAGUCCGGUGUCUUCGUUUUGAUUCGAAGCGUAUUAUAAGCGGAGCAUACGAUGGUCAAAUCAUGAUUUGGGACCUUGUCGCUGCAUUGAAUCCAGAAAUAGAAGACAACAAACUCUGUUUGGCUACAAUGGAGGAACAUACUGGUAAAUUAUUCCGAUUGCAGUUUGACGAAUUUAAAAUUGUGAGCAGUUCACACGACGAUACCAUCAUCAUUUGGGACUAUUUGAAUUGCUCACCAGCAAAAGCUGAAGCAGCCAAUGAACAUGCACAGUUAGACUCACCAGAGAAAUCGCAACCGAGUACAUCGUCAGCGGCCCCACAAUCGAACUCAUAAUCGAAACGACGACUGGUCUUCCGAUUGGCAUUCGAUGUACUCGAUCGCAAUUGAGCAACUGUGAUUGGCCAAAUCUUAUUUUGAAUAAACCGAAUUUUGUUUACGAUUUAGACAAGUUUUCUAUCGCCUAGAUCGAUUUACCAUUAGACUUUCCCAAAAAUGAUCGAUACAGCGAAUUAGAAUUCGAAUGAAUCGUACCAUUUUGGAAUGUAUUUACACUGAAAAUGCUCAAUUUUUUUCUCGGCUUAGAUAGACACAUUUGAAUCAAAUGAAGAAGGGAAAAAUUUUUUCAAUUAGAUUAAAUUUAUGUGGAAUCAAAACUGUCAAAUCGAUCGGAAAGAAGAAAAAAAAACAAAACACGCACAGAUAGAAUGUUGACGAAUUUGUUGUUGAAAGAAUCUAAUAAAGCGAAAAUUGAAACGAUAGAUAAAAUACUAGGUCAAAGAAGGUUCUGCAUAUAGUGAAGAAGAAAUAAGAGAAACGAAGGCAAACAAAGGAAAAAAAUGAGAGGAAAAGAAAAGAAAACUCAAAGCAAAAGGAAAUAAAAAAGAACGAAGAAUUUUGGUGUGGAUACCACAAGAGAUACAACGACCAUUGACCUUUUGUAGAAAGCCCGAAUAAAAGACUGUAAAAAUCCUCACAAAAAAUACCGUCGCAUUGCCUUAUUCAAUGUGAUUAUUCUGUAGAAUUUUGUAUUCAUAAUCAAUUUAUUCAGGAAUAAAUGAUAAAUUUGUUUUAUAAUCGACCUAAAAUUCAAA